AAACACGUGGCACAGCUAAAUAAACGUGUUGCCUGUUUCUAAUCUAUGAAAAUGUGUUGAUACAUGUUUUUAUUUUUAAAACUACUACAUUACUCCUAUUGGUCAUAAAAUCAGGGUAAAGAUGGGAACAGUACAUGUUUGUGUGUUGUUUGUGCUGCUUCAGUUUUCAUUUGGUGAUAACGUAGAUGAUUUAAAGAAGGAAUUGGAGAAUGUCAAAAGCAAUUUGCAGUCGAUCUCGAGACAGUUAAUGUUGCAGCAGUUUUUUACUGAAGAGAAGAUCAGGAAUGAUGGUUUUUCAGGAAUCAAACAGAUCAGAACACGCUCAGGUGGUUUGAAGAAUUACUUUUCGAACACACAGAGUGGAAAUUCAUUCAGUGCAAUUCACGAUCACGCCAACAACAUUCGCACGGUUGGAAUGGGAGAAUUUAUCGGUGUGCUAAAUGGUGUUGAAUUCCGCACACGCCAUAACGACUAUCGUUUGAAUAAGCCGCACUCCACAAGUUCGAAUUACCAUGCCAUCGAACCAAUUCCCUUUCCUGAUGUACCUACAGAAGUGCUAAAGCAACCAAACGUGUCCGCCCAAGUUAAGGAAAUGAGAGAAUGGUUUAAGGCUUGGAAAAAUAGCGACCAUUCUGUCCGUGAUUAUCGUCAGUAUUUUCAACCUGUUUUGUGUUACUUGGAAGGAGCCUGGACUACAAAACAGGGCGAUAAUAUCGAGGAACCAUUUGAAAGUGAUAGACAUUCCAUAGAUGCUUCUUCUUGGUUCGACCUGCAAGAACGGGUCAAGUUUACGUCCUACACCGGAUCAAAAAGUUUAGCUGAAAAUCUCGCCUUUCUUCCAACCACGAUCAUGAGAUUCGAGAACGGUUCAAUACCGGUGUUCGCUCAAUGGAACUACCGGAUUCUUUGCCACAAAUUAAAAACGCAUGUACCGCUGACCAAGUUUCGACCAGCUGAAGAUCUUGCAUCAAGAAUGACAAAAAAAGUUAACAUGACAAAGUACGAGAUGUCGCGUGCUGCUCGUUUUCAAAUUGAUUUAAAUAAGAAUCCAGCGCGAGCUGAUUUUGCUGAAAAGUCAAUGGGACACAACUUUCUUGAUGUUUUGAUGGAAGAAAUCCCUGGCAAAAAUAAUUACGUAGGGGAGUUAUUUGAUGGUGGUUUUGAUGCUGAAGUGAUGAACAUGGAUGGUAAAACAAAAAAAGAUGUAUCCAGGUAUCAUCGAUGGUUUAAAUUGAAAACAAAAGAUGCGAUGGGAAGGCAAACUUCUCAUCGUGGAUAUUCUGAUCAAUUCCUUUUCGCAGCUAAGACAACACAGAAUCGAGUUUCAGGAUUACGUUUAAAAAUGUGUGUUAGGGACAAAGUAUCAAGAAAGAAGAAAUGUACCGUUCGUAAUGAAAAAUGGUCAUAUGCUAUUCCUUUGGAAAUCAUAUAUCUCACACCAUUGAGCAAAUGGAAUCCAUAUGGAAUUGAAACUAAGGAGAGUUGCUUCAAUGCUACAAACACUGGUGAUUCUCGUGUUGGUAAGGGUGUAUGUAAAGAUAUGGCAAAAGCCAAAAGAUUUGCUUGCUCUAAGUUUUACUACAUAACUCCGGAUUCCUUCUAUUCUGGCAAAGAAGUUGAUCGGGAUCCUGCUGAUACCGCAAAGAGUGGCGGCUGGUGCAUGCUAAACAAAAACAAAGAAGGCGUAGUAACUCGUGCUUCUGGUACAAGAAUAAUGUUGCCCGACAUUCCAGGUGUUGGAAAGUUACGACAAAGAUUUCCAAUCGCGCCGAUCCAUGGAGAAGGAAGUCCAGUAUGGAAGAAUUUAAAUGCUCUUACGGAUAUAGUGAUGUGGAAUGACACAUACAGUUUCAUGAAAUCCAGUCAAAAGGAAGGUGCGGACGAAUCCAUCACAUUUGAGCUUGCAACCUCGCAGAAGGAUGGGCUUACACCUCAUACUCACUAUUUUACUGUUCUCACAUCAGAAGUACGCGAAAUGAUGAACAACAAUAAAUCUAUCACGGUUGACACGGAUGUACGGGAGAACCAUUCACACACUCUGAUAAUCAAAUACCACAAGUCUAAAAAGAGUUUCUUCUAUCGCUCGUGUGAUAAUCACAAAAGUUGCAUGGACCUACAUCCAAGAUUUCUUAACAAAGUAACUGAAUAAGCAGAUGUAAACAUCCAUGAAAUAAACCUAUAAUCGCGAA